CUCACAGUACAGAUCAGCUAUUCUUUAUUGUCCCCACUCUGGAGAGCUGCGGCUUUUAUGGAAACCCUGAGUCAGCACCUGGAGUACCUGGGGCUCUGUGGAGAUGACACAGAAGCUGAAGACCAGAUCCUUGAAAGUCUAAAUGGGAUUCUCCUGGCUCUUACUGAAGAUAAGCAGAGAUCCUUCAGCCUACUCAGAGAGAGUGGGAUCUUCCUAACUUUGGCAAAAAUCCUGAAAGGCAAUCCACGAUGCGCAGUGAAAGCAGCCCAGGUGCUUUCAGAGAUAGCCAGGAACGAUGAAAUGAAGAAGCCGUGUAUUGAAGCAGAUUUGGUUCUGACUUUGAUACCUUUGCUGGAAAGCACAGACCAAGAAAUGCUUCUUCAUGCUGGGCGGGCUAUUGGCCGUAUCUGUUAUGAUAACCGUGAUCUUCAGGAAGAGCUGGUGAAGGUAGGAGUAAUCUCAUCACUAGUCCGAAUAUUGACUGAUUAUGCAGAGAGCGAACCACUUGUCCACGUUGACCUAUUGGCCUUAUGCAAUCUUGCAGACCUUGAUACAGCUAAGGAAGCUCUAAGCAAGACAAAGGUUGCUGAACAGCUGGUGAAACAACUGAGAAGAGCAGAGAACCAUGAAAGGUUAGAAAUCAUCUUUGAGGUCCUACAAGCACUUGCAGAAAAUGAUGCUCUAAAAGUUCAGUUGGUGGAAGCAGGUGUGCAAGAGGUGCUAUCUGAUAUCCUACUGAGGCUUCACGGCAAUUCACAAGCUGAAGAUACGUGCAUUGUGAAGGCUGCAUCAGAUCUCAUUGUCUCUCUGCUUCUUGGAGAUGGCAACUGUAUACGAAUGGUACAAGUGGGAGUCAUACAUCAGCUUCUGGACCUUUUGGAGAAACACGUGGAGAGUGGGGAUGUCUCUGUACAACAUGCUGCACUCAGCGCACUUCGAAACCUUGCUAUCCCAGUUGUUAACAAGGUUCAAAUGCUGGAGGAAGGUGUGGCAGAACGGAUUCAGGCGCUUCUAAGGUCAGAGAUGCCUCCUGUGCAGUUUAAACUUCUGGGAACACUACGGAUGCUAGCAGAUGGUCAAGCUGAUGCGGCUGAAAUCUUGGGCCAAGAUCCCAUGCUGCUCAACAGACUUGUGCAGUGGUGUGAUAUUAAGGACCACGCCGGCGUUCGUGGAGAAGCAAAUCGGCUGCUAGCAUCAAUCUUGCGUCACAACAGAUCCCAAGAAGUGGUCAAAGCAGUGCAGGAGGCACAAGGAGUAAAGCUUCUGGUUUCCAUGACUACAAGCGAACAUGCUGCCCUGCAGAAUGAAGCUCUGAAUGCCUUGGCAAUAGCGUCUGCUAUUGAUCUAGACACCCUUGAAGCAUCUUUUAAGGAAUCACAGCUAGUACAAAGCUUACACAGACUUCUACAAGAUGAUAAUACAACUCCUGAGGUUAAAUAUAAUUCAAUGGGUCUUUUGUGCAGUCUUCUUAAUUCAGGUGAUCUGAGACAAGAAAUAGAAGAGGACAAGAUUAAAGAAACCCUCGAACAACUCUGCAGUCACAGCAAUGCAAAUGUGGUCAAGGAAGCUGCUGCAACGUUACAGGUUUUGAAAGGAGAGCCACCCCACUAGCCUCCCUCCCAACCCAGAGCAACCUGUGCUGCUGCUGGGGCAAAUGCAAUAAAAUGCCAGCUCGGCCAACGCUACCUUGCAUUUGUCAUGCUGCUGCACAACCAAUGCUAUUAAAGCCCAGGUACAGCUCCUGCUUUUAAAACUAUGCAUACAAAAAUCUGGCCUACAGAUACUUGUAUCACUGCUGCUCUUUACUGAGCUACUAACACACUGCAGUAGGAAUAAAUCCUGUCAAACAAGUGGUCUUAGAAAACAUUAUCUGAGAGGCAACAAGUAAUUACCAUCUAUAAUACAUAUAUGCUGUUUGGUUUUGACAAAUCAGGGAAUCAAUUGCAACUUUAAUUUUUCGAAAUCAAUAGGACUUUAAAAUCGCUGUAAAAACCUAAAGCUUGUAUCAUGCAACCCAAAACAGAGCUUUCAAUUAAAUGUGAGCUGUUGAUUAAAUAAUGCAAAGGGCUAACUGGACCAGUUCAACUCCUGCACACUGUGAAUCAAUCUGCGUACCCAGCUGUUAACUGGAAAUUUCACAACUCCCCAUAAAACUGUACCUUUAAACCACCUUCCCCUCCCCUUCCACAUUUUAAUUUCUGCUUUUAAAGCUCAUCACGGAGUUUAUGCCUGCUAAUAUCACAAUCUAUAUUGCUAAGCAUCUGAGGUCUCAUCCUACAUGCAGAGUUGCGGCUAUUGUAACUGGGUAUGAUUUGCUGUAGAACCAACUUUUGCAGUAAACUGCAGUUAAUGUCCAGACAGUACUUGGACAAGAUACAAAUUAAAGCUAAUUAGAAGUGACAGGUGGGCACGUGUGAAGAUUUGAAGGUGGCCAGCAUUUCAUUAAGCCAUCUCCAGUAAGAGAACCUAGGCUUAACUACAAAUAAUUACAAAUUAUAGUAAAACAAAUGUCUCUGAACAUUUCUGUAAGAAUUGUUCAUGUUUAAAAAGUCACCUGAUUAAAAAUAUAGUAAAACCAGGAUCUACUCCACAGCUUGUCCUUACAGGAACUUUCUGAAGUAGUUGCAAGUAUGUUACAGAGCCACCUUGCCAAGAUCCAGGUGACUGAAUUCACAACAUGGUAGUGGUGGAAACUGAAAAGCUAGGGAACAACGACUUUUUUAAUCCAGCAGUAACACAUUGUCUGUGGAAAAACGUUACAAGUUUUGUUCCUGUAAAAGCUUUCACACUUGGAAAACUCAUUACCACUAUUUAGUCCACUAUAUUUGUAACUGAUCCAUGCCACCAGAUACCACUUCCAGGAGUACCAAGAAAGGGAACUUCACAAAACCAUCCCAGACAAGUCACCUGGUAACAAGCAAGUUUUCGAUUACAUAGUGAGAAAAGAAAAACUAGAGCUGAACUGUGUCCAGUUUCAUCUAGCUUAAAGUAUACAGUAAUAUGGGCAUCCUACAUCUCUCCAGUGUCAAAAUAAAACAGCUUCAUCCAAUCUCAAUUUGAGAAUAAGAUAUGUGCUCAUGCCUAAACCAGGUAUUAGGAUGAAAUAUAACAGGGUAUAUAUACACACACACCCUCCAAACAGCUGCAUCUGAGUUGUCCUAUUUAUCAAAAAUGAUCCAGCCUUAACAUUCUACAGUAUCUAUUCUAUAUAUUAUUUUAGAAUAAUAUAGCCACUAUCUACUGUCUAAAUAUUCUUCUGACCUUACUAAAAUUCAAAGAAGUUUUUUUUUUUUAAAUGCGGUAAAGAAGAAAUGUUAAAAUUGUCAAAGAAGCAGAUACAAACUGAUUUAUGUAAGCCUCAUGUUCAAACCUGUUACUUUCCCCUUCUGUACUCAGUAAUUUCAGAAUCAUUGCUCAGACAUGAUAAACCAGAUUGCAAAUCACAGGAGUGGUAAUUGGGCAACAGCAGUCACAAUGCAAACAGUUUCAACUUUUUGGAUAUCCAUAGACAGCAUCAAUAUUUCUCUUCAUAGUGGCUUUCCAUUAACAAUUAUGAGAAAAGCACCUUUCUCUUAUCUAUUAUUCAUCAGCCAAGACUGAAAAAUCAAGAAUUCGGUAGGUUCAGCAAGAAAACACACAAGUAUUAGCAGACCUUUACCAUUUCCGUAGUUAUCCACAAACUGCAGUCUCAGUAGCCAGUCUAAACCUCAGAGAGGGAAACGGUAGUAACUGGAAACAAGUCUUAGAACACAAACUCCACCAGUAAAAAACAUUCAUUUUAUUUAAUCAAAUAAGGCUUGAGAAGAAACAUAUACUGAAAGUCACUCAGAAAAGCCAUAUCAGAAGAAGAGCCAGAACCUCCACUUCCACUGGCUAAACAACAUUCAAGCUGAGUGAUAACCCACAGGCAGUAAGGGAAGGAAGAGGAAAGGAUGGAAUGGGGAGACAAAAAAACAAGGCAAUGCUAACUAUAAACCAAUUGCUGCAUCAACCUCAACUUACUUGAGGUAUAAAUCUAUCCACAUGGCACUGUACAAAGGUCACCAGAACUAAAGACCCCCAAGAAGAAAUAUUCAGACUUCCAGGAGGCAACUGAAGCUCCUUUGGUCACUCUUUUCAGAGCUCAUAUUCAUCCUCCUCCUCAUGUACAGGCAAGCUGUGUCCAAACGCAGAUGUAACAGAAACAAAAGAGCAUAUGCACAGUCAAAACAUACUGAGAAAUAAAUACAUUGCUUCACAGAAAUAAAUUGUGCUCAUUUCUGAGAAAUAAAUGAUCACACUGAUUGAAAGGUUUCCUUCUCAGUCCAGUUAAUCAAGCCUGAUCUCGUAUUUAAUAUCUUCAUUAGAAAACUUGUUUCCAUUGUAGUGUUUGUGGAGAUGUUCCAACUGCAACCAAUGAAAUCUCAACAUCAAUUUAUCAAACCUCUCCUUGUGAAAUUGUUGAAUUGCUUCUUCGGGGCUUUAGAGCAGGCUCACACCCAACUACUUAUUCUGACAAGACUUGUUUAAACCAUAAGCUAAAGCUUUAGGCAUGAAGUCACUGCAGGUCCACAGAGAAGGUGCUAAAUAUAACUUUAAGUAGAAAGCGGUAAGAAAGUAUUCCCAUUCCAAGUCUGAAAUUACACUACCACUUGUACCACCAUUGAGGGUGUACUUCAAAGUGCCUAGGUGUAAACCAGCCUAGAGCCCCAGGGUUUUAAAAAUGAUACUGAAAAAACACAGAGAAGUUUAUCCACAGUGAAAAGAGGAGUAAGUUCAUGAAUGUAAAGAUCCUCAAAUAGGUUGAACUUGCUCUCUUGAAUUCUGUUCCAAAUCACUGGAG